AUGCCCAAGGGGAGUUUGGAGAAGUGGUUGCGUUCUGCCGACAACUGUUUGGAUAUUCCACAGAUACUGAACAUCGUGAUAGAUGUUGCAUCGGCAUUGGAAUAUCUGCACUACGGUUGUUCAACACCUUUUGUUCACUUUGAUCUGAAGCCCAGCAAUAUACUACUAGACGAGGAUAUGGUUGCUCAUUUAGGUGAUUUUGGCAUUGUAAAGCUCCUAGGUGAAGGGGAGUCUAUAACACAAAUCCAGACUCUAACGAUAGGAUAUAUUGCACCAGAAUACGGAAGAGAAGAAAAAGCAUCGAGAAAGAGUGGUGUUUACUGCUAUGGUAUAAUGCUGAUAGAAACAAUCAAAAGAAAGAAGCCGGCUGACGAAAAAUUUGUUUUGGAAAUGAGCUUGAAGAGUUGGGUUAAUGACUCGUUGCCUGAUUCAAUCAUGAAAGACGAAGAUGCACAUUUGUUAAGCAAAAAGGAUGAAUAUUUUGCUACCGAGGAGCAAUGUGUCGUCUAUCUUAAGUUUGGCAAUGGAUUGUACCAGAAAUUCACCCGUGAAAAGAAUCAAUAUGCCAGAUGUUGCGACUGCCCACAAGAAAAUAAGUCACCUUUCUAG